GCGCUCGUGCAUCUAUUGAGUGUUUUUCGUUUAAAUGCCUCUCCAGGCUUUCAAAAUGAAAAACUUAAACCUUCAGCCUGUUUGUGGGUUGCUAUCACGGCAACGAUAAACCCAGUGCUAGAUGAGUAGAUGAUGAGUAAGAAAAGCCACACACACAAGCUUUAGGUUUGACUCUUUGCUCUCUUGCAGUUUCUUACAGCUUCUGUUCUGAUAAAACGCUUAAAGUCAUUGAAUCAGUCAACAAUAUAAACAAACAACAAUGCUUAUUUAUUUCAGUAAGUAAUCUGCAUGUUGAAAAGGGCAAUGAGGCAGUGAUCUUAUUGGCUGUUGGUUCGAAGACUUUCUUGUUUAUGAAAUGUGAAAAUGAAGUCGGGUAUUUGUAAAUAAUUUUCAGAUAAUAAGAACACAUAAGGAAGUUGGAAUACUGUGGAAUAGAGUAAUAUAUGAUGCAUGAAAGUAGCAUUUACCAAAAGAAUUGCAGUCAAACAUUCUUAACCAGUCUGUUAUUAUUAUGUACUAGUAUCAAUGUGAAAAAUGUAGAUGCUGAUUUGGACAUUUUUUAUGUUUAUAGGGAUUUUUUUUUAAAUCAGUGUAACUAUCUACAUGUUCAAUAAGCGCAUUUGUCUUUUAAAGCAAUGUAAAAAAGAAAAAAUCUGCAUUGUCCUUUUUGCAUGCUUUUUGGACAAAACAUGGGAAACAAAAGCUAAAUUAAAAAGGGUGUAACUGGAAACAUUACAAAAGGUGAGAGCAGCAUUUAAAAUGAAACUCUGAGCAAACACAACCACACAGAAUGACUCAGCAUGAUCAUAAUCAGAUCACAAUCUGAUUGGUGUUUUCUGAUAAGUGAGGUUGUGGAAAUAAGAACUUUGUCAAAGGGGAUGGGCAUGUAGAGGUUUUGCUCUCUUCAUGCAUACCACCAGAUAUGUAGCCACAUCAAAUGAAUUUAAGGUGGCUGUGAAGGAUGUUUAAAAAAAAACAGAACAAAGAAAUGUUCUUUGGUGCAGAGCGCCAUGAUGCAACACUUAAACCGAAUCUAAACCACAGUUUCCAGCAGCAGAGUUAAGGGUUUUGUCAUGAGCAUGCCUGUAUCCUCUCAACACAGCCUGGAGCUUGUCAAACUUAGAGUCUAGCAUGUUUUUUAGGGUUUUUGCACAGGUGCAUUGUGGAUACACCUCUGGCCUCGUGAAAAACUGUCAGGAAACCAUGGUGCUAAACACAGACAGCAUUAAAAGCAGAUGUAACCACCACAAUUUUCUGAAAUCUUGAUUUGACAUUUCAAGAUUAAAAAAAAUUAGGUCUGCUCAACUUGUCAGUCACAAGUCAUUAGCCAAUGAGCUUAACACUGACAAUCCUCCUUCCUUAAACAUCGCAUGACGAAAUUUAUAAAAUAAGCUUAAUGUUUUAUUCAGUGUGACCACAAAGAAGUGAGCUAAACAGGAAAGUGUCGGGUACAUCUGUGUGGCAGGCACAGGAGGACCCAAGGCAUUAACUAAAGGACUGAGCUUUAUGGCUGUUACUUAGAAACUCAAAAAUCAAUCCAAGACGCUCACCUGCAGAGGCCAACAGUGAGAUCAAGUAAUCUGGAAGCUAACCAGCUUGCCAGUGACUGAAAUAGAGGAACUCUGGAGGCUGGCGUUGGGAGAAGAAACAGGACUCUUCUGGAGACUGGCGAAGAAGUGGGAGGAGACAAUGGUUUGACAGAGGGCUGGCAUCAGCAGUAACGGUGACCUUCUGGAGGCAAGGCUGGAGGUGAACAAAACAGGUGGCAGGAUGCGACACCAGCCGUGGUGACUGUGACUGAGUCACUCUGGACACACAAACUGACAGGGUUGGCCAGCAAAAGCUGGAGUCCUACCUUUAGCCAUGCAUCGUUGGGGAUUGGGGCAACCUUCUGGAGGUCAGCAGCAACGGCAAAAUCGAUGGGACUUUAUUUUUUCCAGCCUGUAAGCUGCUUAGAUCAUAAUAAGCUGUGUUUAGCUUACAGACUGUUUUAUUUAUUCUAUCUGUGAGGCCAGAGGGCUGAACAAGAUGCCGCUGGUUCUGCCUCACUGCUUUGAAAUCAGUUAAAAUCUGUGCAUCUGUGGAAACAGAGCUAGCAUAAGCAAGUAUCCAAGUAACCUUAUGUAACUUCUGCGAUCAUGUUAACAAAUUAGGUUUUUCUUACCAACCACUUUGGCUAAAAUGUGUGACACAGAGGAGUUAGAGUGGCAUAUGAAAAGGUCAGCCGGUCGUCCUGUGCUUCCUUUUCUCUUUCUUCUCAUCUCUCAGCUGCUCACAGCAAAUGGUUGGCCCUCCCUGAUCCAGGAUCUGCUGCAGGUUUCUUCUUGUUAAAAGUGUUUUUCCUUCCCACUGUCACCAGGUGCUGACAGAAGAUUGUUUCAUUGUUUAGGUGUCUUUUCUUAUAAAGGUUCAGGGCUUUUAUGUUCCAAUAUCCUGUUUUUGUGAUUUGGUACUAAAAGUGAAUGGAAAUGAAUUCCAGGCUCCACUAUUUUCAGGUUAAUAUCUAUGAGAAAACUUGGUUGACCGAACAUACAAACUUUACCCAGUUUUUCUGCCAACUCACUAAUUUUUUCAUUGAUAUUUUAAUUUCACUUUCAGAUAUUGACUACAAACGUUUUUUUUCUGUGAAUUUUAGGUGUUUUCUUCAUGAGAUAUUUCUACUUUCACAAAAGGUUCAGUUCUAAAAAUAUCGAUCCAGCACUCCUGUCUGUCUGCUAAUAGUUUAUACUUUGAUGAUAAGUACUGAUGUAAUAAUGUUAUAGAGGUCCUCAGCCAGGAAGGAUCGCAGCAAAGUGAAGAUGCUCAUGCACGGUGCAGCAAGAUGCAUGAGGCUACCAUCCUUUCUGCUUGUCUUUCUGUAAAAGUCACCACGUGUCGCUUAUAUUGAGCAGGUUUAGAAGACCACAGAACACAGCAAUGUACUUCAGUGUUGCUCUAUGUUCCAACCGAUGACCUCUUUCUACGUCUGAAAUGUGACUUGACAAACCACUGACACCACAGUUUGAACAGCCGAGUUAACGUUCCCACCAGUUAUGAAACUAGAACAAACAGCUGUCUAAAUUAUUUUCAAUAAAUCUCAUAAUUGACCCAAAUUAUAUAUUUAAUUUGAAGUAGUAAGUCAAAGAAGAAAACUACAUUAGAGAUCAACACUUUAACACGUACAACUGGCUUGCUGCAUUAGCAAUGUUUGGGCCACUGAAACUAUAGAAACACCAACAUGUUCUCAGGUCAGUUAACCUUCUCGAGGCAAUAAAGUGAGAAAAAAAGGAGGAAAACAGACACAAAAACAUGAAGAUUGACCUUUUGUCUUCAGUGUGUCACAUCAGCAAAAGGGGAAGUUCACAAUUUGUCCAAAGUCUCAUCUCCUCUUUAGAUUGUUAAAAUGCUGUAGUUUUUUGGCCUUAAAUUGUAAACACUGGAUAUAUUACACCACAGCUCUGUUGCGUCCCUGCUUCUCUCCUCCUCUUCUGACUCCACCCUGGGGAGGUUUAAAUGGUCAUGAGACACCUGAGACACCUUACUGUGUUCAGACAUCCUGCACUCACCUGUUUCACUUCUCUUUCUGCUUCUGUCGUCCAUUUUCUGCUCAGUCCAAUUCAAAUUUCAUCAUCUCUCUCUGUCAUCUCCAGCCAAUCCAAACAUUUAUCAGCUGUUUUUCAUCUAAUCCUCCAUCUCGCUUCAUCAUGAGUCUGAGUCGUACCAAGCGAAUCAGCUCCAGUAACUCAGUUCGGAGCAGCAGCGGCUCCAGGAGGCUGAGUGGUUUCGGUCCAGUUCAGGGAGGUUUCAGUGGCAUCUCCCUCAGCAGCAGCUCUCUGUAUGCGGGCACCAACGGGCAUCACCACGGCCUGGGGGCUCCGCUGGCAUCCCUGUCCGUCAACAAGAGCCUGCUGGCUCCUCUUAACCUGGAGAUCGAUCCAAACCUGUCCAUGAGCCGAGCCCACGAGAAGGAGCAGAUCAAGAGCCUCAACAACCGCUUUGCAACCUUCAUAGAUAAGGUACGGUAUCUGGAGCAGCAGAAUAAGAUGCUUGAGACAAAACUGGAGCUGCUGCAGGGUCAGGGGGUCAGCCGAUCCAAUGUGGAACCCCUGUUUGAGGCCUACAUGGCAGGUCUGAGGCGCCAGAUGGACCUGGUCAACAAUGACAAAACUAAGCUGGAUGGGGAGCUGAGAAACAUGCAGGGUCUGGUAGAGGACUACAAGCACAAAUAUGAAGAUGAAAUUAACAAGAGAAACAACCUGGAGAACGACUUUGUUAUCUUAAAAAAGGAUGUAGAUUCAGCCUAUUUGGUCAAGGCUGAUCUGGAGGAUAAAGUCGGAGCUUUGACUGAUGAAAUAAACUUCCUGCGUAACGCGUAUGAGGAGGAGCUGCGUGAGCUGCAGGCGAGCAUUAAAGAUACUUCAGUUGUGGUGCAGAUGGACAACAGCCGCAGUCUGAACAUGGAGCAGAUCGUAGCUGAGGUCAAAUCUCAGUAUGAGGAGAUUGCAGCCCGCAGUCGAGAGGAAGCAGAGGCCUGGUACAAGAAUAAGUUUGACCAAAUGUCAGUCCAGGCCAGCCAGUUUGGGGACGAGCUUCGCAUCGUGAAGGGAGACAUCGCCGAGAUCAACCGACUGAUCAGCCGCCUGCAGAGCGAGAUAGAAGCAGUCAAAGCACAGCGUGCCAGUCUGGAGAACCAGCUGGCUGAGGCGGAGGAGCGUGGAGAGCUUGCUGUGAAAGAAGCCAAAGCUCGGAUCAGAGACCUGGAGGAAGCUCUGCAGAGAUCCAAACAGGAUAUGGCUCGACAGCUCCGGGAGUAUCAGGACCUGAUGAACUUGAAACUGGCUCUGGACAUUGAGAUCGCCACCUACAGGAAGCUGCUGGAAGGAGAGGAGGACAGACUUGGACAACAGUCUAUCCUCAACAUCCAGCCCAUCUCCAACUACAGUUUCUCUUCAAGUACUAAAAGCACUAAUGGCUACCAAAGUGCCUCCAGCUCUCCUGCCCCGAAGCUGCUGAUAAAGACAAUUGAGACCAGAGAUAACAGCAGAUACAGCAUUCACUGAGAGCACACUCACUGGUCCGCUGUGAUUUCUAAAAGCUGUCUCUAAAUGUGUGAGGGGCUCCACGGGACAUUUCAUUACUUUACUUAGAAUAAUGGAAACACAAAUUAUGUAAAUGACAAAACCGAGUGGGAGUAGUGCUGGGGUUUGUUGUUAGUUUCUAAUACUGUUAAGGAUUUAAAUGUGUUUAGUUUAGUGUGCUGAGUAGUCUAGCUUUAAUCAUAUGGGGUUUUGAUAACCACUGUGGUAGAGUGCUGUGUUAUUUACUGUCUAAUAUCUACUGAGAUUAUAAGGUCAUACGACUAUUGGAGUUUAGAGUUUAGGAUAGCUGGUUAUAAAGAGAUUUUUUUUGAUGCUACUAUAAAGAACAUUAACUUUCUUUAUCUACAGAAGUGGUUUAGUUUGAGGGGGCUAAGUUACUUUUUCGUUGCUUUUAAAAAUAAAGUGAU